GGAGAGUCAUAAACCCCAUUAACCUUCCCUUCUCUUCCAAAACCAACUCCCAAACACACAUUUCCUAAGAUAAAUAGGACGAUAAGACCAUUUCUUUUCAAAUUAUCUCGCAUUUAGUCCGUAUCAUUUACUCUGCACAUCGGGGCCAUUGAAAGUGAGGGAUUACCAUUUACCACAGCUGACUUCACCGAUUUACCUCUUUUUAAGUUUUUCCUGCGCCAUUGUCUUUCCCUGGGCCCGCCAUCUGCUUUGUUGUUUACCGGCCUUCUUUCUCGGCGGUUGAUUCCGGUUUUCCCGCUUCCUGCAGCCGUUUUCCGUUUCCUAUAAAUUUAGCAUUUUGGACUCCAUUUCCCCUCCCACACAGAUGACCUUGAUUAUGCUCUGUCAGUCUGCUCCUCUUAUUUUUUAGGAUCCCAGCCCAGGUGCGUGUCUGAAUUAGCUCUUGAGCUGUUCUGUGCGUUUCUUUUCUCUAGUGAUCGACUGCCUAAAUUAAAACUCUCUCUUAAUUCAUUGAAAUUCCAAUAUAAUCCAGCACUUCUCCUUUUUUCCCGUCAAUUUGAACACUCAUUUCCUUUAAAGACAAGGGCUUAAGCUCUAAAUAAUUCCACUAAAGAUGUUUAUUUCCAGACCCGUAAUGGUUUUAUGUGUGCCCGGGGUUUUAAAUUGCAAUAGCCUUAGUGGUUGCGUUCAUCCGGGUAGCCGCUAAUGCGGCCCUGUGAUACGUAUUGCGGCGUGAAAUAUUUUCAAGUUCGCACAAGGGUGAUGCGGUGCCGUUGCGGUUCUUUUCACAUAUAUGUUUACUUAUGGAUCCUCGAUUUACUAAGUUGCCUGACUCUAAAAAUACAAUUGAGCAGCAAGAUGAGUUCUCUUUUUCCAGUAGCCUUCAGCAAUCUCAAGAUAUUCCUUGCAAGUACUCGGAUGACUCAUUAGCUGCUCUGGAAUUCACGGGUGACCCUUUGAGUACAUCCAGUUCCAACCAUUCCUAUUUUGCUCCACCUGCAGAGUUGGACUCACAAGAAAAACAUGACACUAAUUCUGUUUUCAAGUUCCUCAACCAGAUACUGUUUGAGGAGAACAUCAAUGAGAAGCUCAGUAUGUUCCGUGACCCAAUUGCUCUUGAAGCUACUGAGAAAUACUUCUAUGAAGCCCUUGAUAGAAACUCUCCUCCUCAUGCAUCCCACAUUAGCCAUACAAAUACACAAAGCUCGGAAAGCAUGUGUGACAACUCAAGUGAACCACCACAGUGGACUGUUGAUCCUAUACAAUCAUCUUUUGUGAUUCCUCCUCCUGAACUGCCUUUCCAUUCCUCUUUUCCGAUUACCUCCUCUGUGAGUUCAAAUGCUUCUUUAAAUAAUUACGGGAGUAGUAUGAAAAUCCAAGUGGACUCUAUGUUAAAUUAUGGUGAGCUUAGAAAUAUAUCUAUUGACACAGAAACCAUGCUGCAGUUCAAGAGAGGAGUGGAGGAAGCGAGUAAAAUCCUCCCGGCUACUAAUCAAUUGGUUAUAGAUUUGGUUAAAGACUCAUUGCCUCUUGAGGAAGACGAGCUUGAGGAAGAGAGAAGCAACAAGCAAUCUGCAGUUUAUGUGGAAGAGGAGUUGACAAAGAUGUUUGAUAAAGUUUUGCUGCUUGAUCCUGACGAGUGUCGCAGGAAUGUCGCUGAAUUUGGUCACGCCCUGCCAUAUGAUGUGCUGAAUGGUGAGGGUAUGCCACAUAAUGGUGGUAAAAGGCGCACAAAGAAGAAGAAGCAGGAAAAUACAAGUGAAGUUGUAGACCUUAUAACUCUUCUAACCAACUGUUCACAAUCAGUUGCUGCUGAUGAUCGCAAGUCUGCAAAUGAACAACUGACACAGAUCCGAAAGCACUGUUCAGUUAAAGGUGAUGUGAAUCAGAGGCUGGCAUAUGUAAUGGCAAAUGGUCUUGAGGCACGUUUGGCUGGCUUGGGGACCCAGCUCUAUAAAUCCCAAGUCCCCAAAAAGAUCACAGCUUUUGAGAAGCUGGGUGCAUACAAGGUUUACAUGUCAGCAUGCCCAUUUGAGGAGAUGUCAAUAGGCUUUGGAAAUAAAAUGAUUUUCAUGAUGUCAUUGGAAGCUCAAGUUCUACAUGUCAUAGAUUUUGGCAUUGAGUUUGGUUUCCAAUGGCCUUCUCUUAUCCAACAUUUAGCAAUCCGGCCCGGCGGGCCUCCUAAAUUUCGCGUUACUGGAAUCGAGCUUCCUGAACCAGGUUCUCGGCCAGCGGAACUGAUAGAAGAGACUGGCCGCCUGCUGGGAAAAUAUUGUGAGCGAUUCCAUGUGCCAUUUGAGUACAAUUCAAUAGCAACUCAGAAUUGGGAGACACUUAAAGUUGAAGACUUGAAGCUCGUUAGAGGUGAGAUGGUUGCUGUGAAGUGCUCAUAUAGGUUACAAAACCUGCUUGAUGUAACAGUGAUGGGGGGCAGUCCUCGUGAUGCAGUACUCAAGCUAAUCCGUAAACUGAACCCAAGUGUUUUUGUGCACAGUGUUGUUAGUGGGUCUUAUAGUGCUCCAUUCUUUGUCACCCGGUUCCGAGAAGCUCUCUUCUAUUACUCUGCAGUUUUUGAUAUGUUUGAGAAUACAUUACCCCGUGAUGAUGAGGAGAGGUUUCUCUUUGAGCAAGAAAUCUAUGGGCGUGAGUUAUUUAAUGUGAUUGCAUGUGAGGGGGAAGGGAGGAUUGUAAGGCCUGAGACGUACAAGAAGUGGCAAGUGAGGACUAUUAGGGCUGGGUUCAAACUUCUUCCAGUGAUGCCAGGGAUAAUGAUCAAAAUCGGAAAAAAGUUGAAAGCAGGGUACCAUGAAAACUUUAUGUUGGAGGAAGAUGGUCAUUGGAUGUUGCAGGGGUGGAAGGGGCGGAUUCUAUGUGCAAGUUCAUGCUGGGUACCUAGUUAGCUCUUCCACAUAAACAAGCAAAGCUAGGUGUUGAUAUUGAUCAGCCUUGCAUUGCUUUUCGACCUUGAACAGGCCGGGAUGGCCUGGUCGAUCUGUAUAUGUAAGAACUUUAGUCAUUAAUGAUCUGUUGUUAGUCUCUAACUCUUUGUUUGAGCAAAAAUACAGUCUUCACUCCAUAAUCUUAUUUCUCAAUUCAAGAGUGCUUUAUUGCAACACUUCAUUUUUCCCAUGUUUGAUAAUUUGAUUUUUAUGAAGUUGCAGUGACUGGGUGAAAAACAGUCUUUUUUUUUCUCUUCAAA